AGAGAUUAGAAAGAGAGUUGUCGGGUUUGACUUGGGAAAAUUGGGAGAUCUGCUGCUCUUUUUAUUCGUCCUCUUGUCCGAGAGAGAGCCACAAAGGACGCCAAAACCAUACCAAAACAAAAAACUUAACAAAUCUUACCAAUCACAGACAGAUUCAAUCACAUUUUGUGAGUGAAGGAAGAGCUUUUUGCAUAGACCAUGUUGAGAGAUGAGGCUUAGAUUUAAGAAUGGGGUGUGUGAUUAGCAGAGAAGCGUCCUCAGGAGUAGAUUCUGAGUCUAAGGGUGAGAAGAAGGAUUUGAGUGUAGAAUCUAAGAGGAAGGUAGAUGAUGUUGUGGUGCCGAAGGUAGAUAGUGAAACUAUUGAGGUUCAUGAUGGUGGAGGUGAGGCUAAGAAGGAGGAGAAUGGUCAUGGAGGUCAAAGACCUCCCAGGGGGGAGAGAAGGCGGUCAAAGCCAAACCCAAGGUUAGGUAAUCUACCGAAGCAAUCGCGUGGUGAGCAGGUGGCAGCCGGGUGGCCCCCCUGGCUCACGGAGGCGUGUGGGGAGGCGCUCAAUGGGUGGAUUCCACGGAAAGCAGACACGUUUGAGAAAAUUGAUAAGAUCGGGUCAGGAACAUAUAGUAAUGUGUACAAAGCUAAAGAUAUGUUGACGGGGAAAAUUGUUGCACUAAAGAAAGUUAGAUUUGACAAUUUGGAACCUGAGAGCGUGAGAUUUAUGGCUAGAGAAAUCCUAAUUUUGCGGAGACUGGAUCAUACCAAUGUUGUAAAGUUGGAGGGUCUGGUUACAUCGAGGAUGUCAUGUAGUUUGUACCUGGUGUUUGAGUACAUGGAGCAUGAUCUAGCUGGACUUGCUGCAAGCCCAGAUAUUAAAUUUACAGAACCUCAGGUCAAAUGUUACAUGCAUCAACUGCUAUCUGGACUUGAGCACUGUCACAACCGUGGUGUGCUUCACCGUGACAUUAAGGGAUCAAAUCUUUUGAUUGACAACGGAGGAGUACUUAAGAUUGCUGACUUUGGGUUGGCUUCUUUUUUUGAUCCAAACCACAAGCAUCCCAUGACUAGUCGGGUGGUUACUCUAUGGUAUCGACCUCCUGAGCUUCUUCUUGGUGCUACUGACUAUGGUGUGGGCGUGGACCUUUGGAGUGCAGGUUGCAUUUUAGCAGAGUUACUAGCUGGGAAGCCUAUCAUGCCUGGUCGUACAGAGGUGGAGCAACUACAUAAGAUAUACAAACUAUGUGGCUCACCUUCAGAUGAAUACUGGAAAAAGGCAAAGUUGCCCAAUGCAACUCUAUUUAGGCCCCGGGAGCCUUACAAAAGAGCCAUAAGAGAGGCAUUCAAAGAGUUUCCUCCAUCAUCAUUGCCCCUUAUCGAAACCCUUCUCGCAAUUGAUCCAGCAGAACGUCAGACAGCCACAGCUGCAUUGAGCAGUGAGUUUUUCAUGACAGAGCCUUAUGCUUGUGAACCUUCUAGCCUCCCACAGUAUCCCCCAACCAAAGAAAUUGAUGCCAAACGUAGGGAUGAUGAAGCUCGUAGACUUCGAGCUGCUGGUAGAACCCAAGCUGAAAGUGCAAAGAAAACACGCACACGUGAACGUGCUCCUAGGGCUAUGGCUGCUCCAGAAGCCAAUGCCGAGCUUCAAUCCAAUAUUGACAGAAGGCGCCUAAUUACACAUGCAAAUGCAAAGAGCAAAAGCGAAAAGUUUCCUCCACCACACCAGGAUGGGGCAGUUGGCUACCCUUUGGGAUCUUCACAUCAUAUUGAUCCUGCCCUUGUUCCUCCUGAUGUCCCUUUCAGUACAACCUCAUUCAGUUAUCCUAAAGAAUCAAUGCAAACUUGGUCAGGUCCUUUGGUUGACUCUACUACUGCUGGUGGUCCAAGACGGAAGAAACAUACCGGACAUGAUGCCCGAGAAACAUCAAAAUCCUAUACAGGAAACCAUAGAGAGAAACAUCAGGAUGCUCGUGUUCGAGGAAAGAGAAGUAUGGCUUAAACCCGAGUUCAUAAGGUGCGAACAUAAUUGUGAACUGUUGGAUGCCUCUUUCCAAUCCCUAUUCCAUGGGAGUCUGUUAGCAGACAAGAGUUGAAUUUAUCAGCCCCAGCUUCUUCUCGCAGUGUAAUUGUUUCAUUAGAAGUGCAGGGGUAAAUACAAUAAUUUUUUUUUUUUUGGUUUUAUAAUCCCGUUUACCUUUUGUUCCCCCAUAUCUACAAGAUAAUGAUUUUUUCUUCUUUUCUUUUUGCUCCUUUUCAAUUUGUUGGAUGGUGAAUUGGUGAGAGGCGUUGCCCUCUGUUAUGUAUAUCUUCAUCUUAAUUCUUUUUCCCAAGUUUGUGGUGUUGGAAGCUUACUGCUUGGAGUAGUGAAAUUAUUUAAUAAAUCAUCAAGGGCCACAUCUGUUUGUUU